AACACAUAUAAAAUUAAUAUCUAUGCGUGAUUUGUAGCUGAAACUGUUCGGUAAUGAAAAUCUUUUAUUAUAUUCUUGUGAUCCAUGUCGCCACAGGCGGAUGUUGGAAUUCGAUAAAUCCAGAGUCAAAUGUAAUGGAUGAACGUCCUAAUAAAAUGAUUAUUAAUGGAGUAGAGGCUGACGUUAAAGAUUACCCGUACCAGGUUGCGUUGUUUAGUACAAAUCAAUUCGUAUGCGGAGCAAUAAUAAUUGCAGACCAAUUCAUUAUCACUGCUGCUCAUUGUUUUGCAAGUAAUAACACCUGUGACUAUAUGGUGAAAGCUGGAGUAUCCAGGAUAGACGAAUGCGGACAACAACUAGGAGUCGCUAAACUACUUAUGCACGAAAAGUAUCUUGGUGAUAAGCAUAAUUACGACAUUGGAAUUAUGAAAGUUGAUAAGCCGUUUAAAUUCGGUGACGGUGUGCAAAAGAUAAAGUUACCUGAUAACAGUGUUUGUGCUAAAGCGGGUGACGUUGUGCUAGUAACAGGAUUCGGCAGGACUGAACGCAAUAAAAAAAAGGAAAAAGAAAGAAAUAUGAAACUUUACGUUUUAAAAAGUCCAUUGGCAACCCGGGAAAAAUGUAUGACGAAUAAAAAUGAAAUAAUAGCAGAACCACAUAUUUGUCUGGAUCAUUCAGAUGGUUAUGGCAUUUGUUUAGGAGAUUCAGGUGGGCCUAUGGUAAUAGAUGGUUAUCUCAUAGGGAUAGCUACACGUAUACAAAAAGCAUGUGGAGCAGAUAAGCCUGACGUAUUCACCAGUGUAAUGUAUUUCCUUGGAUGGAUAUACAAUACUAUUUCGAAUAAUUAAUAAAAAUAAUUUGGUUUAUUUCUUCACUUACUUAUUAUUCUGCAUUAUACAAUAACGUGUACUUAUUACUUUACUAAUAAAUGUCGUCCACGAUA